UUGACUGUUGAAUCUGGUUAUUUCUAGAGUUUUGGCUGUUGUUGUUCUGCCAUGUGCAUUUGUGUUUGCAGAAAAAUGACAGAAACCAUUUCAUGGGCUGGAAAUCAGGUCAUCUGUCCAAUCUGUCUAUAUCUACUGAAGGAACCAGUGGCCAUUUCCUGUGGACACAGUUAGGCUGCUGGGAUUAGGAUGAUCAGAAAAGAGUCUACAGCUGGAGAUGGGGAGUGUGACGUCUGUACUGCGGACAAAAACAAAGCCGUCAAGUCCUGUCUGGUGUGUCUGAACUCUUACUGUCAAAAUCACCUUAAAGAACAUGAUAGUUUCUUUAGAGAUGAGAGACACGGUAUGAUAGAUGCCGCUGGACAAGUGCAGGAGAUGAUCUGCCCUCAACAUAAAAAACCGUUGGAAUUUUUUUGUCGUACUGACCAGCAAUGUAUAUGUUAUCUGUGUGUGAUGGACAAGCACAAAAACCAUCAUACUGUAUCAGCUGCAGCCGAGAGGACUGAGAAACAGAUACAUUUCCGUGAUGAAAUUCAGAUUCAGAAGUUGAAAGGAGCUUCAAGUUCUGAUUCUGACCUGAGUUUCAGGUCUCACAUUUUCCCUUUUGGACCACACUCACCAAGCAUCACUGUCAGUUAUCCUCGAUCCUUUGAUGAUACACAAAAAUCCGUCUCUCAGCUGAAAGAGAAACUAGAUAGAGGGCAGAAAAAGAAGAUACAUGGAAGAGAAUGGAGUGACACUAUUCUUCAUUAUAAAGCAUCAGUCAUUGAUAAAUGUAAGGUUGCGACAGAGUAUAAUCUUCCAUAUGAUGAACGUGUUGAUCUGGCCACCCGUUAUACUGAACCAGUGAUCAUUCAGAGGAGCAAAGGGCAAACUGAGAAAUACUAUUGUGAUCAUGUGAGGCCUGUGGAUGCUUCAUCUCAUCUGUUGUCAAAUGACAAGAAUCACAGCAUCAGAAUAGACCAGCUGUUCAGUCCCGACAGUGAUGGAAACACACCGAAAACUGUGAUUCUCAGUGGAGAUUCUGGAAGUGGGAAAUCCUUCAUGCUACAGAAGAUCAUGUUGGACUGGGCUUCUGGAGAACUUUACUCUGAAAACUUUGAUGUAGUUUUUCUGUUGAAGUGUGAAGAGCUGAAGUGUAUUUCUGAGGAGAUGAACUUGUUUGGGCUCUUGAACUGGAGUUGCAGAUCCAUAUAUCAGAUCAAUAUCAGAUUAAUAUCAGAUCAAAUCUCACAGAUACUACAUUUAACACCAGAGAAAGUACUCAUCCUCAUUGAUGGAAUUGAUGAGUAUGUAAAUCAUCCCCCCAGUCAUUCGAUGUUUCUACUCACUAAUUCAUCCGAUAGAGCCCAACCUAUGGACAUUCUUAGGAGUCUGUUAAAGGGAAUCUUCCUGCCUGAGUCAUUCUUGCUUGUCACCACAAGAUCUAUAGCUGCUGAUGCACUGAUGAAUCUCUUCAAGGGACCUCUGCGUUUCACUGAGAUUAUGGGCUUCUCUGAGAGAGGGGUGCAGGAGUACUUCCAGAAGUUCUUUCAGGAUGAGCAACUCUUCAGCAAAACAUAUGAGAGUCUAAAAGCGAAUGAAAGCCUUCUGACUGCCUGCUCUGUGCCUUUGCUGUGUUGGAUGGUCUGUUUUUGUCUGAAGAAACACUUAACCGAUGACGAUCGUGUGAUGAGAGAACUAAAGACAACCACCUCCAUAUAUGUGCUCUUUGUGUCCACUCUACUAGAGCAUCAUGGUCACAGUCAGUCUGUCCUCACCAUGCUGAGGAGUCUGGGUCAGCGGGCAGAGGAAGGGAUGAAGAAGCGAGAAGGUCUUUUUGUAGAGAAGAGUGUGACUGCAGCUGGCUUAGAUCCAGCUACUAGCGUGUUCUUGUGUAAAGAUAGUUUGAAAAGAAAUAACAGACAGGUGCCAGUAUUCAAGUUUGUGCAUCUAAGCUUUCAGGAGUUCUUCACAGGACUUUUUUAUGUUUUACUGGAUGAAAAAGAGUCCUGGGGGAAAGUCAGAGAGCUGUUGAGAUCGCUGAAAUCGAAGGGUAUAAUCAGUGGGCCAUGUCCAGAAAGGAGAUCAAAUCCUGUCCCUUCAGUCAUGAUGUUUCUCUGUGGUCUCUUAAAUGAGAAAGCGAGCAGCUCACUCUUUGAAAUGAUCAAGUGGACUGUUCCUCACACCAUAAAACUGAAGACAGACUUGCUGGAAAGUGUUCUUACAGUGAGAAGACAGCAUGGAUGUGAACUGUUUGCUCUUCGCUGUCUGUAUGAGCUCCAGGAUGAGGAGUUUGUGAGGAGAGCUUUAGGAGAUUGGGUAUCCAUGAAUCUGUCCAAAGUUUCCCUGAGGAGCACAGACUGUUGGGUGCUGCUGUACUGUCUUCAGUGCUGUCCACACAUCAGAUACCUGAACCUCAUGUACUGUGAUUUAACAGCUGAGAAACUCAAGAUUCUUCAACCAGCAUUCUGUAUGUGUGAGACUCUGAGACUUCAUGAGGAUGGGAACAGUGCAGAGAGUCCCAGAUGGUCACUUAACCUGUCAGUGACUCGUGGAGAUGUUUUGUUGACUUUCAGCUCCUCAUUUCUAGCAGUCUUAAACAUCAGUCUUACAUGUCCACAAUCAGAGAUAUCCAGCACUGACUGGACACUCUUCUUACAGAGACUCAGCAAGACAGGAAAAGUAGCAGAAGACUCUUCAGCUAUGGACGAGCUUGUCAGUUUGCUGCUGUCUUCAUUUCACUCUGUGGGUUUGAAGACACUGCAUCUGGAUUUGGUCAGUCUGAAUAAGAGCUGGGCUUCUGGGAUCAUUUCCCUCGUCCAGACCUGCAGCAGUCUACAGCAGCUCAGUGUCAGUGUCACUGGAUUGCUUUUGGAGGAGGGACUCGUGUUACUGAAGAAAUCACUGACAGAUCCACACUGCACUGUGAUCAUUGAAGGGAAGAAGUGCAGUAAACCAACUGACCAGUGCAAAGUACAGGACUGGAGACACAGUUGCAAUGAGAAAGUGAAGAUUCACUUCAAACCAAAAGUUUUGGAAGAGCUGGAAGAGCUGAACAUCUCUGAACCGUCUGGACUGAAUCUUCACCCGCUCCCAGUGUGUCAGUCUUGUGUUCACAUUGGUGAUUCUGAUCAGUGGGUUCAGGUGGAGCCGUCAGUCUGUACAGAUGAAGGAGGGUCAGAGUUCAGGAUCAGCACGCCGGCGGGUCGAUUCGAGUGCAGCAGGACCAGAAUGCGAUGGGUCUGUGCUGGUGACGUCACUCUCCAGUACCGUGCAGUGGAUGGACGUUUCCUCAGAGCAGAGCUGGAGAGACUUCAGCGUGAGAGAAUUGGACCUGUGAUUGAUGUGACAAUGAUCUCAGGGAAACUGGAGGAGGCCCAUCUGCCUCAUUACGCCUGUUUAGCAGAGUCCGACCUCUCUGUUGAAGAUGCUGUAAUAGGACUCGGCGUUAAAGAUGAGGUAGCAAUCUUGGAAUCAGUGCAGCUGACUCGUUUUCAUGCCAAAAUAAUCCAACCAUCCUUUUGGCCUACCACAGUGAUUAAAGAAAAAGACAUCCCUGUUGAACAGCAUUUAGAUCUUAUCAUCUUCAUGACAAACGAAGAUCCUCUUAUUCUCCAUGUCUACUUUUUUCCACUGUUUGAUACUUUUUCAAAAGAAAAAAUUAAGCAGGAAGAAACAGCAAAUAAUCCUAUCGUCCUUGAGAUUGACCACCACAGGUCUAGCAUGAAAAUUCAGAUGGACACACCACACAUUCUUGAAGUAUCCGGUGCCAGUGUACUUCCCGAAGAGGGGAUUAUAUUUUUAAGUAAUAUUCACCCAAACUUCUUCAAGAUCAAGCCAAACGUAGAUGAGGAUGUACAGAUGACUGUCAUCAGACAGCAGGAUGAAAUGUUUGUGUGGAAAACAAUCAUUUGGAAAGGCAAACUUGAUGAGAAAAAAAAAGAAAUGAGAGAUUUAAUGCUCAGGUUGUCCACAAAAAUGAGCAAGCACAACCCAGAAGGAGAGAAGCGGAAGCCACGCAAAGGCGUUGUUAGCAGAAAAAGUAGACCUCUUGAUCCUCCUCCCCUGGUACCAGUGGGCAGGGCUCGUGUAAUGAAGGUGAAGGUUGGGAAUCUAAGACGUAGUGCCAUAAACCGUACCAGAGGCCCGAAAACCCGACAGACGCCCUCGCGAGCCAGACAUAACAAGUGGCUUCAAAAGAUUCACCAGUAUAAAGCAUCAGUGACUGACAAGUUUAAGUUUGUGGCAGAGUAUAAUCUUCCAUCUGAUGAGCGUGUUGAUCUGGCCACCCGUUAUACUGAACCAGUGAUCAUUCAGAGGAGCAAAGAGCAAACUGAGAAAUACUAUCGUGAUCAUGUGAGGUCUGUGGAUGCUUCAUCUCAACUGUUAUCAAAUGACAAGAAUCACAGCAUCAGAAUAGACCAGCUGUUCAGUCCCGACAGUGAUGGAAACACACCGAAAACUGUGAUUCUCAGUGGAGAUUCUGGAAGAGGGAAAUCCUUCAUGCUACAGAAGAUCAUGUUGGACUGGGCUUCUGGAGAACUUUACUCUGAAAACUUUGAUGUAGUUUUUCUGUUGAAGUGUGAAGAGCUGAAGUGUGCUGUUUGGAUGAUGAACUUGUUUGGGCUCUUGAGCUGGAGUUGCAGUUUAACAUCAGAUCAGAUCUCACAGAUACUAGAGUUAAAACCAGAGAAAGUCCUCAUCCUCAUUGAUGGAAUAGAUGAGUUGUCAUUUGAUCCACACAUUCAAAUAUUAUUACCUACUAAUCCAUUGCAGAAAGCCCUACCAAUGGACACUCUUAGGAGUCUGCUGAAUGGACUGAUUCUGCCUGAGUCUUUCCUGCUGGUUAUCACCAGAUCAGCUGCAGAUACAGAAAUUAAUCUCCUCAAGGGACCUCUGCAAAUUAAUCUCCUCAAGGGACCUCUGCGUUUCACUGAGAUUAUGGGCUUCUCUGAGAGAGGGGUGCAGGAGUACUUCCAGAAGUUCUUUCAGGAUGAGCAACUCUUCAGCAAAACAUAUGAGAGUCUAAAAGCGAAUGAAAGCCUUCUGACUGCCUGCUCUGUGCCUUUGCUGUGUUGGAUGGUCUGUUUUUGUCUGAAGAAACACUUAACCGAUGACGAUCGUGUGAUGAGAGAACUAAAGACAACCACCUCCAUAUAUGUGCUCUUUGUGUCCACUCUACUAGAGCAUCAUGGUCACAGUCAGUCUGUCCUUUCCACGCUGAAGAGUCUGGGUCUGCUGGCAGAGGAAGGGAUGAAGAAGCAGCAGGCCUUUCUUGAUGAAAAGUGUGUAGCCAAGACUGGCUUAGAUCCAGCUAUUAGUAUGUUCUUGUAUAAAGAUAGUUUGAAAAGAAAAAACAGACAGGUGCCAGUAUUCAAGUUUAUGCAUUUUAGCUUUCAGGAGUUCUUCACAGGACUUUUUUAUGUUUUACUGGAUGAAAACCAGUCCUGGGGGAAAGUCAGAGAGCUGUUGAGAUCGCUGAAAUCGAAGGGUAUAAUCAGUAGGCCAUGUCCAGAAAGAAGAUCAAAUCCUGUCCCUUCAGUCAUGAUGUUUCUCUGUGGUCUCUUAAAUGAGAAAGCGAGCAGCUCACUCUUUGAAAUGAUCAAGUGGACUGUUCCUCACACCAUAAAACUGAAGACAGACUUGCUGGAAAGUGUUCUUACAGUGAGAAGACAGCAUGGAUGUGAACUGUUUGCUCUUCGCUGUCUGUAUGAGCUCCAGGAUGAGGAGUUUGUGAGGAGAGCUUUAGGAGAUUGGGUAUCCAUGAAUCUGUCCAAAGUUUCCCUGAGGAGCACAGACUGUUGGGUGCUGCUGUACUGUCUUCAGUGCUGUCCACACAUCAGAUACCUGAACCUCAUGUACUGUGAUUUAACAGCUGAGAAACUCAAGAUUCUUCAGCCAGCACUCUGUAUGUGUGAGACUCUGAGGUUAUCAGUGGAGCACCUGUCAGAAGUCGGAGGCUUUAUCCAGAUUCUUUGUGAAUUAAAAAUCUUAAAAGAACUGAAAGUUCAGGAGGAUGAAUACAGUGCAGAGAGUCCCAGAUUGUCACUUGACCUGUCAGUCACUCAUGGAGAUGUUUUUUUGUCUUUGAACUCCUCUGAGAAGAAUCCGUCAUUUCCAGCAGUCUUAAACAUCAGUCUUACAUGUCCACAAUCAGAGAUAUCCAGCACUGACUGGACACUCUUCUUACAGAGACUCAGCAAGACAGGAAAAGUAGCAGAAGACUCUUCAGCUCUUGAUGAGCAUGUCAGUUUGCUGCUGUCUUCAUUUCACUCUGUGGGUUUGAAGACACUGCAUCUGAAGGUGGUCAGUCUGAAUGAGAGCUGGGCUUCUCAGAUAAUUUCCCUCGUCCAGACCUGCACCAGCCUACAGCAGUUUAGUGUCAGUGUCACUGGUUUGCUGCUGGAGAAGGGACUCGAGUUACUGUAUGAAUCACUGAAGGAUCCAAACUGCACUGUGAUCAUUGAAGGGAGGAAGUGCAGUAAACCCACUGACCAGUGCAAAGAACAGGACUGGAGUCACAGCUGUAACGAGAAAGUGAAGAUUCAAUUCAAACCAAACAUUUUGAAAGAGCUGGAAGAGCUGAACAUCUCUGAACCGUCUGGACUGAAUCUUCACCCGCUCCCAGUGUGUCAGUCUUGUGUUCACAUUGGUGAUUCUGAUCAGUGGGUUCAGGUGGAGCCGUCAGUCUGUACAGAAUCAGAUGAAGGAGGGUCAGAGUUCAGGAUCAGCACUCCGGCGGGUCGAUUCGAGUGCAGCAGGACCAGAAUGCGAUGGGUCUGUGCUGGUGACGUCACUCUCCAGUACCGUGCAGUGGAUGGACGUUUCCUCAGAGCAGAGCUGGAGAAACUUCAGUGUGAGAGAAUUGGACCUGUGAUUGAUGUGACAGUGAUCUCAGGGAAACUGGAGGAGGCCCAUCUGCCUCAUUACGCCUGUUUAGCAGAGUCAGACCCCUCUCUUAAAUAUUAUAUAAAGGUCCUCAGUGUUGAAGAAGAGGGAAUAUCCUUUGAAUCAGUGGAGUUGACUCGUUUUCAUGCCAAAAUACUCCAACCAUCUUUUUCUCCAAAAACAGUGCUUAUAAAACUAAGGAUAUCAGUGAAAGUGCACUGUGAUCUACUGAUCUUCAUGACACAAAAGAACCCCAUCAUUCUCCAUGUGUAUUUCUUCCCAUCAGAUUUACUUUUUAAAGAAAAAAUUAAAAGUGAGGAAAAAUCGAGUCAACCAGUCAAAUGUCCAAGACCUGAAACCCCACUGCGGAUGAUGAAACAACACAGUCUUGAGGUUCCUGGAGCUUCUGUCCAACCCGAAGCAAUCAAACUAAGAGGUGACAUCGAGCCAAACUUCUUCAAGGUCAAACAUCCUGUGGUCAAUGACAUCAAUAUGACUCUCAGCCGAGUGGAUGAUCAGAAAUCAGUUUGGACUGCAACAAUUUGGAAAGAAGAAUUAGCCGAAACAAUUGCAAGCAAAGUCGAGUCUAGUUUGUUCCAACAUGGAGAAAUACAAACAAAACCACAAGGGUCUAUCAACUUUGAUAAAGUUAGUUUUUUUGAUAGAAAUUGGUGUGCUCUUAUUAAAAGUGUUAAGAAUGUGAACGGCAUUGCAGACAAACUGCUUCAGAAGCAGGUCAUUAAUGAAGAAAUGUAUUCUAAAAUCACACAUCCGACUUCAACUAAAGAAGAAAGCAUGAGAGAGAUCUGCAGCAAAGUGCGUAAAAGCAGUGUCACUGUGAAAAAUCUCUUCAUCGCUAUCGUUCAGGAAGAGGAGCCCAGCCUUUUAAAUGAUUUGCAUUUAUUGGACUUUCAGCUUUAAAAGGUUAAAAUGAUUUAAACCCACAAGUGCAGAGAGAAAUGUGUUUAUAUGUUUUUAUA